AUGGCGUCAGUGAUGAAGAAAUUAAAGAAGAAGGUGAUGAAGCCAAUCAAACGGUUGAAGAAAAUCUUCAACCGCUGGAAAUCGAAGCGCGUUUACUACUCCUCUGACUCCGACUCCGACUCCUCCUCUGACUCCUCCUCAUCCUGGGCCUCGGAUGGUAGCAUAUCGGCCACUUCCGUGCUCGGGAUCAACGUGGGGCCCGAGCGUCGCAACAUGAACAUCCCGUACGGGUACCUCGCCCUCCCGGUGUUCCAGGCGCUCAUCGAGCAAGGGAACAACAUGUUCGGCCACUUGACCCCUCAGGCCUACACGCUCCCGUGCGAAUCCAUCCUCGUCUCCAAUAUCCUCACCCUCCUCGACCGGGACGAGGAGAGGUUUCGCGACUACAGCCUCGAUGAUUUUAUCGUGCACUGCUUCGAGUCGCCGAAUUGGCCCCAUGUUUAG